AUGGCCGACUACACGCAGUACCAUGCCCUCGGCCAGGGCAUGGGAAACGACCCCAACGAUCCGAACCGAAAUAAUCCCUAUGCCGCACCCGGCCAGGCGCCGUACCAGCAGCAGCAGCAGCAGCAACAGCCACCGCCAGCAGGCUACGGUGCGCCGCCCUACGCCGGCCAGCCGCAGUCCCCCCCCGUUGGCGGAUAUGGUGCGCCCCAAGGCCAGGGUUUCCAGCCUGGUAUCCCUCAGCCUGGCGAUGAUGCGUUGGCCGCGCAGAUGGGUGGCAUGAACCUCGGCGACGGCCACAGCACAAUCCGCAAGAAGAAGAAGGACCGCCACGCAUACCACACGGUCGAGCCCACCGGCUCGUCCCAGGCCUUCAAUGGCAUGCCUCCUCCAGGUUCGGCGGCGAAUCAGUUCAUCCCGACCGCCGCUGCACCCGCGGGGCCCGGCUUCGGUGGCCAGUUUGGCUCGCCGCAGGGCACGCCGCAGACCAUGAGCCCGAACCAGUUCCCCGUGCCGGCCGGCGCCCAGUUCAGCCCGCCGGGCCCCGGAGGCUUCGGCGCGGGCAACGGCUCGGCCGAUGCUGCGGCUACGAUUGCGCCGACUGGCCAGUCCAAGAUCUCACCCGACGACAUGCCCAGUGUGCCCCUGUCGCGUGACGCCGUCCAGGAGCACUUCCUCAAGAACGUAUAUCCCACAUUCGAACGCCACGUCCCUCCUCCGGCGACGGUCUCCUUUGUUGCGUUCGACCAGGGCAACGCUUCGCCGAAAUACGCCCGCCUCACCAUGAACAACAUCCCUGCCACAGCCGACGGCCUGCACGCGACCGGCCUGCCCCUGGGUCUGAUGCUGCAGCCCCUGGCCCCGCUGCAGGCGGGCGAGGCGGAGAUUCCUGUGCUGGACUUUGGGGACUCUGGCCCGCCGCGAUGCCGGCGGUGUCGGGCGUACAUCAACCCCUUCAUGAUGUUCCGAUCCGGCGGCAACAAGUUCGUCUGCAACCUGUGCACGCACCCCAACGACACGCCGCCAGAGUACUUUUGCGCCACAAGCCCGCAGGGCGUGCGGUUGGACCGCGACCAGCGACCGGAGCUGCAUCGCGGCACGGUGGAGUUUGUCGUGCCCAAGGAGUACUGGACUCGGGAGCCCGUAGGGCUGCGGUGGCUGUUUGUCAUUGAUGCGACGCAGGAGUCGUAUAACAAGGGCUUCAUGGAAACGUUUUGCGACGGCAUUCUGGCGGCGCUGUACGGCGGCGAGGACCAAGAAAAGGACGACAACGGCGAGCCCAAGCGGAGGAUACCUGAAGGCGCCAAGGUCGGCUUCAUCACAUACGACAAGGACAUUCACUUCUACAACCUCAACCCUCGUCUGGACCAAGCGCAGAUGCUAAUCAUGCCUGACCUCGAGGACCCCUUCUUGCCGCUCGGCGAGGGCCUCUUUGUCGACCCGUACGAGUGCAAGGCCCUCAUCAGCUCGCUGCUCACGCGCUUGCCCGACAUGUUCUCCACCGUCAAGAACCCCGAGCCGGCACUGCUGGCAACGCUCAACUCGGCGUUCGCGGCGCUCGAGAAGACGGGCGGCAAGAUCGUGUGCUCUUGCUCUGCGCUGCCGACCUGGGGCCCGGGCCGCCUCUUCAUGCGCGACGACGGCAACCAUCCUGGCGGUGAGAUGGACAAGAAGCUGUACACGACGGAGCACCCGGGCUGGAAGAAGGUUGCGGAGAAGAUGGCUGCGUCCGGCGUGGGCGCCGACUUCUUCCUCGCUGCGCCGUCAGGAGGCUAUCUGGACAUUGCGACGAUUGGGCAUGUCGCGGCGACUACGGGAGGCGAGACGUUCUACUACCCCAACUUCAUCGCGCCGCGUGACGGCCCCAAGCUGUCCGCGGAGAUCUCGCACACCGUGACACGCGAGACGGGCUUCCAAGCGCUGAUGAAGGUGCGCUGCUCCAACGGGCUGCAGGUGGCGGCGUACCACGGCAACUUUGUGCAGCACACGUUUGGCGCGGAUCUCGAGAUUGGCGCCAUCGACGCGGACAAGGCGCUGGGCGUGUCGUUUAGCUACGACGGAAAGCUCGACUCGAAGCUGGACGCGCACUUCCAGUCGGCGCUUCUCUACACGACGGCAUCGGGCCAGCGACGCGUGCGGUGCUCCAACGUGAUUGCCAGCGUCAGCGAGACGGCCAAGGAGGCGGGGGUGCGGGAGAAGAGCAUCCGGGGCUGCAUGAAGUUUGUGGAUCAGGACGCCGUGGUGGGCAUCUUGGCCAAGGAGGCCAGCACGAAGCUCGCCACGACGUCGAGCAACCUCAAGGACGUGCGCAACUGGCUGAGCGAGCGGGCCAUCGACAUCAUGGCGUGCUAUCGCAAGCACUCUGCGCAGCAGCACCCGCCCGGGCAGCUGGUGAUGCCGGAGCGGCUCAAGGAGUUUUGCAUGUACGUGCUGGGCCUCAUCAAGAGCCGGGCGUUCAAGGGCGGCGUCGAGAACUCGGACAGGCGCGUGCACGAGAUGCGCAUGGUGCGGUCGAUGGGCGCGCUGGAGCUGAGCCUCUACCUGUACCCGCGAAUCUUCCCGAUCCACAACCUGCAGCCCGAGGACGGCUUCGCGGACGCCGAGACGGGCCACCUCAAGAUGCCGCCGGCGAUCCGGGCGUCGUUCAGCCGCGUGGAGCCGGGCGGCGUGUACCUGGUGGACAACGGGCAGCAGUGCCUGCUGUGGUUCCACGAGCAGACGUCGCCGAACCUCGUGUCGGAUCUGUUUGGCGAGGGCAAGGACUCGCUCAAGAGCCUCGACGCGUACACGUCGUCGCUGCCCGUGCUGGAGACGCACCUCAACUGCCAGGUGCGCAACAUCAUCGAGUUCCUCAAGACGAUGCGGGGGUCCAAGGGCCUCACGAUCCAGCUGGCGCGGAGGGGCAUCGACGGCGCCGAGUACGAGUUUGCGCGGAUGCUGGUCGAGGACCGCAACAACGAGGCGCAGAGCUACGUCGACUGGCUGGUGCACGUGCACAAGGGCGUGCAGCUCGAGCUGAGCGGACAGCGGAAGAAGGAGACGGAGGGCGACGCGGCGUCGCAGGCGCUGGCCAACUUUACGGGGCUGCGGCCGGCGUACUGGUGA